CAAGCAAGAAGGUUCAUUCCACUCACCACAUUUGGCAGCAAACACAGUGGCUCCGAAGGUUUAGAGAAUGGAGCGCGAAGUGGUGACAGAAAAGGAAGAGAUGGAAAAUAAAGAGCGCAAGGAGGCCCUUAUUGAGUUCUACAGCUCCUUCAAAGACCUGUUUGAGUUCUUCUGUUUGAACACAACCAUCCAUGGCACCGUCCGUCUCGUUUGCUCGUCCCGCAACAAGAUGAAGACAGCCUUCUGGGCUCUUCUCUUCCUUGCCAGCUUUGCCAUGUUGUACUGGCAGUUUGCGUCCCUCUUCAAUGACUACUGGAACUAUCCCGUCAUCAUGAAAAUAUCCGUUCACUCAGAACCAAAGUUGUUUCCUGCCAUCACCAUCUGUGAUCUAAAUCCCGCCAGGGUCAGCAUCAUCCGUAAAAACAUGGCCGAGUUGGAUAAUUUAACAAGGGAAACGAUCUCUCGAUUAUACGGCUCACCCAUUUCGGAGAAUGCACUGGAAGAUGAUCUGAGGUCUAAUGAUUGGCUGAACAAUAAGUCAAGCCAGGUCAGCAGCUCCAGCUUCCACCUGAAUAAUAGCUUUGGAUUGCUGAAAACAGGCACGGGGAAAGUGGGUUUUGAGCUGUGCAACAAAACAGGUGGAGAAUGCUACAAUAAAGUAUAUUUAUCCGGGGUUGAUGCCUUCCGGGAGUGGUACCGUUUUCACUACAUGAAUAUCAUGUCUCAAGUCCCAAAGGACAACUUUUCCCACCAUGAGCAAUGCCCUGGGAGCAUCCAAGACUUCGUCUAUUCUUGUCGUUACAAUCAACAGCCUUGUUCAGACAGUGUCUGCAGAUACCACGCAAUCUAUGGAAGCUGCUUCACUUAUAACAGUAAUGGGACAGAGAUCAAGUGGCAAGCGUCCAAGCCCGGAAUACUUUAUGGCCUGUCUCUCAUUCUAAAGGUUGAACAAAAGAAUCACAUCCCAAUGCUGUCCACCAAGGCGGGUGCGAAAGUAAUGAUCCACAACCACAACCAGUCCCCAUUCCUGGAACAUGAAGGAUUCGAUAUUAGGCCAGGGAUUCAGUCCACCGUCGGAAUGAAACAGGUCGACGUAACUCGUUUAGGUGGAAAUUAUGGCGAUUGUACGACUGACGGAAAGGACGUGAAUGUCACAUCCAUCUACAACAGCAGCUAUACUCUGCAGGCUUGUCUGCAUUCCUGCUUCCAGCAGUUGAUGAUUGAAAAGUGCGGAUGUGGAUAUUAUUACUACCCGUUGCCUCGUAAAACACCCAAAGCAGAAUACUGCAAUUACAACAAGUAUCCUGCAUGGGGUCACUGCUUUUACCGACAGUACGAUGAGUUUGCCAGUCACCAACACAACUGCUUCCAAAAAUGCCGAAAGCCAUGCCGGGAGACGUGGUACAGACUUUCGGCAGGAUAUGCUAAGUGGCCGUCGACCAAAUCUGAGAAAUGGAUCCACAAAGUUUUAAAAAUGCAGUACAACUACAGCACAACCACUGAAAGGAAAGACAUUGCCAAAGUGAACAUUUUCUAUGAGCAUCUAGAUUCCUAUUCGUUGGAUGAAACUCCUGGAUAUGAUGCUACUCUGGCAAUGUCCAACAUGGGAAGCCAGUGGAGUCUUUGGUUUGGGUCUUCAGUUCUAUCAGUGGUGGAGAUGCUUGAGUUCCUCGUGGACGUCAUCAUUUUGUCCCUCAUCUUCUGUUACCGGUGGCUCACAGCCAAGAAGUUACACGUGGUGACGCAUCCACCGGCCAUCUCGACUGUGAGCUUGACUUUGGAGAAAUACCGAUAUGUGGAGGAGGGCCUGGCCACAAGCCAAAACGUAGCAAAGCUUUAUGCCAGUGAGGGAGACUCCUCCUUGGACAAAAAUAAUGUCUCCACUCCCUACUCAAAAUACGGCAGGUACCAUGUACCAGAACAGUACACAGGUGUGGUGCUUAAUGGGUUUAAAUACCAGGAUGACCACUGUUCAGAAACUGGUUUGAGCAGGUAGUGAGGACUGAAAAGACAACAGGAGGAGGACCAGAUAGGACCUGGGUCCAUAUCCAGGUUUGGAAGGUUGUUUCAGGACAGGGGCUUUCUUAGAAACUAUGGCUAGAAGGUGUGCCCUCUGUCCCUGCAAAUGCCAACAUCAGACGUACAGAACUUGACACCUGAAAGGACUUGAAGUCAGUUGUCGUCUCCAAACCUCUCGUGGCAAAGAGGCAAAUGAGAUGUCCGCUGGUGUGAGUGGGGGGGGGGGGAACCUUUGAGUCCCAGGUCAAAUCCUGGAUGCCAGGUUCCUCCCUUCGCUUGCCUGGGGCUGAGUCCGCUAGAAGCUCAGCCAUGCACCGAGCACAUUGCAUUCUUCUUGAUUCCUAGAACGAUGUGAAAAGCUUUCCUCAUUAUCUUACUAACCGUAGCCAGAUCUGUCUCAUUUUCAGGUAUUUUUGACCUGCAGCCUCCUUCCAAGAAUUGUGAAAUACGUUCCCUUGGGAACUGGGAAGGUGAGGAACUUGUGGGAG